AUGGCCAUGCUAAAUUAUGUUUACGGUUGCUAUGUGACAAAACGGAGGAAGCUGGGAACAUUUACAGCCAGACCUUUUCCAUUAUUUCCUAUAAUCUGAAAACCGAUUGCCUUGAGGUAAAUAUAUGUAAUUAUCGUGUCUUGAUACCAAGUCGAGGGCUACCAGUUAUGGCAGGUGCAAAGCCCAAGAGUCCAGUGGAUCUUGUUCACCAAAACGCAAUUCAUUGUGAGACCAUAAAGAAAGAGCAAAUGAGUCAGAAGUUGUACACUGAGUUCAGCAUUAAUCCAUUCAAAAAACUGCAUGUUUUGGCCGAUAAGCCUAUGUCAAGGAAAACAAAUGAGCACGAGGAGGAAGACCCCACUUUCUUGAAAAUUAUUCACGGAGCUCGAUUGGAACCCACAAAAAAGUACAUCCAUCCACAGACGGAGAGCCAAGAGAUUGGUUGGAUAUCAAGGCCCCUGAUCGUCACAGAUCGCAGUGACCGGAGACUCAACUUCUCUCGCCAAAAUUCAGAAAUUACCAAGUACAUGGACGCUGCAUGGCGUCUGAAGGAACAGACGCAGAACCUUGGGUAGAGUUUCCAUUAUUGUAAUGUACUGC